AUGAUGUCCUGCCGCCGUCUGACGAGCCUGGCAUCGGUCCGCCCGCGCUUCGCCGUCCGCAGCUUCUCUUCCGCCGUCCCUCGCCUGUCCGAGAACCGCAUGCAGGCCAACGACCCCAACCCGCCCGUCGUCAAGCCGAACGUCUCGGAGACCAAUGCUGAGCCCACCGACUCCUUCGGGCGCUGGGAUGGCACCGUGCAGGAGGAGCCGGCCGUGGCAGAGAAGAUCCGCAGUAUGCAGGCCCCGAACCGGGCGUCCACCUGGGCCGCCAGCCAGCAGCCGCGCCACGAGGCGAUGGUUGGACCUCGCUUCGAGCAGACCAUCAUGGAGACUCAGCCGCGCCCCAUGGCCGCCAUCGAGCUCAUUCACAAGCAACACGUGCGAUGGACAAAGACCAAGGUCGUCAGCUGUGACGGCGGCGGCGGUCCCCUUGGCCACCCCAAGGUCUUCAUCAACACCGACAAGCCCGAGAUUGCGACCUGCGGAUACUGCGGAGUUCCCUUCGCCAACGAGCAGCACCGCGUCUACCUCAAGUCUCUGCCCGAGACCAGCUACCCCCUCGAGCCCACCAACGACGCCGCCGACGUGAACGAGUCGCAGCGUGUCACAGAGGGCGCCUUCGAGCAGCGGUAA